UAAUCGAUAUCGACUUAUCGCUGUGCAAGUCACAUCUCUAGGAGCCGGCAAGCAAAAAAAUUGCAAGUCAAAUUGGCAACGAAAUAGUUAAAUAUUAUAUCGCCAUUUUGUUCAAACUAUUUUGCAAUUUUUAAAGUAGGCACUUAAUGCGUUUGCUGCUCGGCGUCCAGGCAAUACGCAACAGUCUCGCUCGCACCUACAGCACCGGCCGCUUUAAAAAGAUGGCCACGGACGUGAAGUUUAACAGCUCGCUAGGCUGCAGUGAUCCGCAGACACACCCGGUCCUGAUCAUCGGCCAGCUGCGCCAUCUGAAUCUGCUGAAGUUCAGCCAUCUAGAGAACAAACUCAGUCCACGCGUCACCGAGGAGACCUUCCUGAAUGCUGUUGCCUGUCUGCAUCCGGCGCCCACCGAUAAGGUGUCCCUUUACCUCGAUGUGGCCACCGUGGCUGCUCUGCCAUUGAAGGCCUCCCGGCACAAUACCGCAUCCCGGGCUCAUGCCAUCACUCGCCUGGUGAAGAACCAUGUGCUGAACGUUUCUGAGGAGAGCGUGGUGCUGGUCUGCGAACGGGAGAAUCUAUUCGCCAGCGCCUGUGCGGUGGUCCGGGCUUUUCCCCUCUAUUCCCGCAAAACGGGCAAUUUGCUGGCUUCAAACCAGUCCAAGCAAAGGCUUGGCUGCGGAGGUCAAGGCGAUGGAAGCACUGAUUCAGUACGCAACGUAGUCAAUGUUGAGUUUGUUUUAAUCAACAAGGAUGGUGGCAUAGAGUGCGAACCUUUGACAGAUGACGAGCUUAAUUGCCUGAAUGAGACCGCCAAGGCAAUUCGACUGACUGCUCGCAUUGUAGACAUGCCCUGCAACGAGAUGAACGUGGACCACUUCAUCCAGGCAAUCGAGGAAGUGGGCAGAGAGCUGUGCAUCACGCCAACAGUAAUCCGUGGCGAGGAGCUGAGUGAGCGUGGAUUUGGCGGCAUUUACGGCGUGGGCAAAGCUGCGGAUGUGCCGCCUGCCCUCGUAGUGCUCUCCCACGAGCCAAAGUGCGCCCAGGAGACCAUCGCUCUGGUCGGCAAGGGCAUCGUCUACGACACCGGUGGCCUCAGCAUCAAGGCCAAGACCGGCAUGCCUGGAAUGAAACGCGAUUGCGGCGGAGCUGCGGCGAUUCUCGGAGCUUUUUACGCGGCUGUCCAGUGCGGAUUUAGGGAUAACUUGCAUGCCGUCUUCUGCCUGGCCGAAAACUCCGUGGGUCCAAAUGCCACUCGCCCCGAUGAUAUUCACACUCUUUACUCGGGCCGCACAGUGGAAAUCAACAACACGGAUGCCGAGGGCCGCUUGGUGCUCGCCGAUGGCGUUUGCUUUGCCAACAAGGAUCUGAAGGCCAACAUCAUUCUCGACAUGGCCACAUUGACUGGAGCUCAGGGCGUUGCAACAGGCAAAUAUCAUGGUGCCGUAUUGACAAACUCGGAGACAUGGGAGGCAAAGUCGUUGCAGGCUGGACGCAAAUCCGGCGAUUUAUUGGCGUCCAUAAUUUAUUGCCCCGAAUUGCAUUUCUCGGAAUUUGCUUCGGCCAUUGCUGAUAUGAAAAACUCGGUGGCGGAUCGACAGAACGCCCAAUCCUCCUGCGCCGGCCUCUUCAUUGCCGCCCAUCUUGGCUUCGAUUAUCCCGGCAUCUGGAUGCACGUCGAUAUGGCCACGCCCGUUCAUUGUGGGGAGCGUGCCACUGGCUACGGCGUUGCCCUGUUGCUGACCCUCUUUGGUGGGCACACUGACUCCAAGCUGCUCCAAUCCAUCGCCCCCGCCGACGAGGAGCCACCAUUGAAGCGCCUGUGCCGCGAUUAACUCAGCCUGCCUUUUCCUGUGCCACGUGCCUGACUGGAUUAACAUGCAUUUCAAUCAUUUUCUAUGUCCAAUUGAGCUCCGGCAUCAGAUGUCAAAUUGUGUAGGCGACAGGCAUUAAAAAAUCAAUAGUAUUUAGAAAUACAA